GAAACGACGGCUUUCGUUCGUAGGUGUGGCCUUUAUUUUCUUUUUAAAAAACUACCUUUUAAUCGAUAUAUUAAGACAAAAAAUAUAUAAUUCUUAUUCAAAUAAGCAGUACGAAUGUAGUUUAAGUAUAUUGACGCGGCAGUGUUGUGAAAUAAAGUAACAGUGACACACCCAAAAAGUGUGAAACAACUUUGAACCAACGCUCAUUUGAGCACCGAAAAAUUAACGAAAACCGACAAUGUACGGUAGAAAGACGCCUUCUACAUAUCGUUCUACACCUUCCGUGUAUUCCCAUUACACGGGCAAGUCAUCAACAAACCUCCGGUCAACGAAGUCAGUGAGGUCCUUGCGAGUGCCAUGGUACCAGAAACCGAUCCUCCAUGAUGCUGUCGUCCUGGACCUGCAAAGGGCAUCGCUGCUCACCGGGUUCAUUUCUCUUUUCAUAGCGCUGUUCACAUUCGCGCAGAGCAUCUUUGACUUGUACUGUCUGGGCAUGGCGGCGCCUGGCGCGGUCCACUACGGGUAUUACGUCAUCAGUUUCCAGUUUGUCUACGUGGGCAGUGCUCCAGUGCGCAACGUCCUGAUAGUGUUCUCUCUGUUCUCCUGGAUCGGCUCCGUAGCUGUGCUGAUUACCAGCAUCAUACUCAUCGUGGCACUUAGAAAGGAAUAUGAGAAGAAAAUCCUCCCCUGGCUGUACAGUUUCGGGGUAUUCAUUCUGUUCCGCUUCGUUGCGUUCAUCUUCGCGGCUAUAGUGAACGACAUGAUAUUUGCAUAUAAUGUCCUCAUGUGCCUGUGUUGGAUCGUGUUCUGCGUCGCAGGCGCAUAUGGAUGGGUGCUUGUCUACAGUCUGUAUCUCGAGCUGGCUGAUCUGACCAAGCUGGAGGAUUUGGCCCAUUUACGGAUGGGUACGAUGGCAUCCCUGAACGCGUCUUUGGCCGGAUCUAGGCCGACGACGCCGCACAGCACUGUAUCCACCAUGCCAGCCUCUCAAAUCUGAUGUGAGGCCACUGCGGACGAGACCACCCCCCUGCAAACCUUGGAGACUAGCCCUGAGGGUGUCCCCGACACCAUCCCCGAGGUUAACCCUGAGAACAGCCUGGAAACCCCUGUGUGAAUCACUAGUACACAGAUAUAAACAGCGUAUAACCUUGGAGAUUAGCCUCAGGGUUACCCCUGGGGAUAGCCUCAGGGUUACCCCUGGGGUUACCCUCAGGGUUACCCUCAGGGGUUUUCUUGAAGUAUCCAACUUUUCAUUAUCCCAGGUUUAAUACGCCGUAGGCUUUUAUGGGUAAAAUAUGACAAGAACAAGAAUCUCUUUUAUUAAAAGUAUCAGUUUUUUCAACAAAAUUAAUAAAUAAGAAAAUGUACUUUUUAUGUCAGUCUGUCCGCAAGUCUAUACGUCUUAGCCUUAGUAAUUUUAAACUGCCUUAUAUUAUUAAUGUAUUAAAUAUAAAGGAAUGAACGACUUUUUAAUAGGGCUACCUAUUUCGUACUUUUGAAAUUAAGACAAUUUAAAUAACGAAAAAUAGACGAGGAAAUAGUCGAUAUUAGUCGACAAGCCAUUAAGAUUGUGUGCGUUAGUAGACCGUUUAUAUGGGAUAUGAACAGGGGGGUGAAAAAGGCCACAUCGAAGCAAUUCAUCUAAGAAAGCAAUACUGCUAUUUGACAUUUGUGUGCAUUGCGCACUUAUAUGCGCAA